AUGGCUAACUUGAAGAAGCUACUAGCUAUGUUUGCUCUCUUGAUGUUCCUGUCACACCUCCGUGUCCAUGGCGUCUCCGUGUCCGUGGGUAGUAGCGCGAACGUUACUACAGAGAGCAGCCACAGUCGCGGCAGGUGCCAUAUCAGUGGCUUCCUGCAUGGUAAAUCCGGCGACUGCAACAGGGAUCACGGCUCGGUCUGCUAUAAAGACGGUCACCGCUACCCGCAAUUCAGGUGCUCGCCCCCGGUGUCGGCCGACACGCCAGCGAUCCUAACUCUGAACAGCUUCGCACGAGGUGGAGACGGCGGCGGCAAAUCGUUCUGCGACAACCGCUUCCACAAGGACACCGAGCUGGUGGUGGCGCUGUCCACGGGGUGGCUACGCCUGGACGGCAAGCGCAGGUGCAACAAGAUGAUCCGCAUAAACGGGAACGGGCGUGCUGUGCUGGCCAAGGUCGUCGACGAGUGCGACUCGGUGUACGGCUGCGACGCCGAGCACAACUUCGAGCCACCGUGCCCAUACAAUGACGUAGACGCGUCACCAGCCGUGUGGAAGGCGCUGGGGCUCAAGGAGGCGAUUGGAGUGUUCAAGAUCACAUGGUCUGAUAUUUGCAAGCAACGUGAGUACCUCACAUACAUGGCUAACUUGAAGAAGCUACUAGCUAUGUUUGCUCUCUUGAUGUUCCUGUCACACCUCCGUGUCCAUGGCGUCUCCGUGUCCGUGGGUAGUAGCGCGAACGUUACUACAGAGAGCAGCCACAGUCGCGGCAGGUGCCAUAUCAGUGGCUUCCUGCAUGGUAAAUCCGGCGACUGCAACAGGGAUCACGGCUCGGUCUGCUAUAAAGACGGUCACCGCUACCCGCAAUUCAGGUGCUCGCCCCCGGUGUCGGCCGACACGCCAGCGAUCCUAACUCUGAACAGCUUCGCACGAGGUGGAGACGGCGGCGGCAAAUCGUUCUGCGACAACCGCUUCCACAAGGACACCGAGCUGGUGGUGGCGCUGUCCACGGGGUGGCUACGCCUGGACGGCAAGCGCAGGUGCAACAAGAUGAUCCGCAUAAACGGGAACGGGCGUGCUGUGCUGGCCAAGGUCGUCGACGAGUGCGACUCGGUGUACGGCUGCGACGCCGAGCACAACUUCGAGCCACCGUGCCCAUACAAUGACGUAGACGCGUCACCAGCCGUGUGGAAGGCGCUGGGGCUCAAGGAGGCGAUUGGAGUGUUCAAGAUCACAUGGUCUGAUGUGUGA